AUGGUGAAAUGUAUAAAAUAUCAGGCAAGAGUGUUGACUUGUCCUAUGUCUGACGAAUCUGAUUUGAACCUUUCAAGAUCAUCGGGGCAUUCAGGCUUGUAUCUAGACUCGGCAGAUGAAGACGAUUGUGACCAGCGUGUCGCUCCACCAGCCGAAGGCGCUUCUGUGGAACAUUACCAAGAGUAUAUCAAGUACCUUCAGCUUCAGCAUGGAAAGCUGGAGCAGCGCAAUGUAGCUCUGAAUGAGAGUAACAAUGUACUCAAUGUGCACCAGCUGAAACGCUCUCGCAAGCACCCUCUCAAGGCCCCAUCCUCCAAUACACUAUCUUUGGCAUCCCAGCCAUCAUCCAGUUUGUCUGCUGCAUCGCCUACUACACUGUCUGCUCCUUUGGCUACGUCAGCUACGUCAGCUUCAUAUAAGGCCAGUGACAUUGACAAGCUCAUUCUCAGCUUGGCAAAGACGUACAUGAUAACUACGGAAAUGUUCCUUUCCGACAAAGUCAAUUUUCAGAGCGAUUGUCCUGAUCCUCCAGCUGAUAUCUCUAGUCCAAAUCGCUAUGUGAAGAAAUCAACAGAGAAGGACACACUCGUAACGGAGCUCUACAUGUCCAUUGAUUUUGUGUUACACCGAUGCGAACAAAUGCCUUCUAUAACCAGCCUCACGCAGUUUGGAACCAGAAUGCACCAAGCUCAAUUGUCAUUCAUCAAUGGGCUACAUUCAGUGGCAGGUAGCAUAUUCAACAUGCCAAACGAGUAUUUUAUGUCGAAGUAUGACUACCUCAUCAGAUGGGAAGCAGGCAAGGGGAAGGUGUUCAAUGUUUUCAAGAGAGUGUUCAAAAAUUGGAUGGUGCUUGCAAAGGUUGUUAAGGUUGUGGUCUGCGGCAAAAUGUCAUUGUUUCCAAAGGCACGUGGUGCCCUGCCUCCCUAUGCCAAGAUUUGGCAGCUCACAAGCUGCACUCCAGGCCUAAUUGCCUUUGGUGUCACAUCAAUCAUCUUUAUCCUGUCCCCUGAUCAAGAAUUCUCGGGUGAUGGCACUGGAGCCAUAUCAUCGAUCUUGUAUCACUCUGUCUUCCGAACUGUCAAGAAAUUCUUUGUUGUCAAAUGGGGACGCGAAUGCAUCAAGAAUAUUGUGCAGCAAAUCAAUGAUUAUAUUUUUGACGGCGCUACCAAGACACAGCCAGAUUAUGGCGCAUCAUUGUAUGACGCUGAACCUAGCACCAAAACCGAGACACACCACAAAUCUCCUCCCAUUUCACUUCCCCCUACACCUGCAGUAUCUCAGACUGUCCACAGUACUCCAGCCCCGAUAGUUCACAAUGAUGUUGCAAUAUCUGAACCUUCUGUGUCUGAAUCAAUAUCUAGCCCAACUCCGAAGAGUCUCCCUGUGACCGCGGUACCACAUGCAGCUGCUGCAUCAGUCAACAUUCAAAGUGUUGAAGCAACUCCUGAGGGUGUACUUGCAGCAGCCGACACUGGUACCAGUGCCAAAACGCAAAAGAAGGCAGUCAGGAAGAGGACCAAGGCCGCUGUCGGUGAUGCUGAUGUUCGCCGCUCUUCUUGCAAUACUGGUACCAUUGCAAAAUGA